AUGAUCGAGCACUUAUCAACUAAACCGAUCCCUAAUGAUCUUUCGACCAUAGUGAUAGAGACAAUUUCGUCAAACCUUCCUAAAAUGCUUGCUCUUUUUCACUACACGUUCAAGCCAAAACUUCCUUCAUGCAAUCACAACCCAUUUUACCAUGACUUUUGGCACUCCCUUAAAAGUCAAAUAGUGAUCACUGUCGUCUACCCUUUCUUCUCCCCGGUGAAGCAACUCUCCGGUAGUUUUUUUGCCGGAACCCAGGAUUACAAGUCAAAACUUCCGGCCAAACAACAAGAAGAAAUGGCAAAAGACAUGUACGAGGAAGCCAUCGAAGGCCUGAAGAAGCUUCUCAGAGCAAAGGGUGAGCUGCAGGCCGUGGCGGCCACCAAGAUACGGCAAUUGACGGCGGAGCUGGAGGAGAGCGGCGGGAAAAAAGAGUUCGACCCGGUUGAGAGAAUCCGAACCGGGUUCGAUCACUUCAAGAAAGAAAAAUACGAGAAGAAUCCUGCUUUGUACGGAGAACUUGCAAAAGGCCAAAGCCCCAAGUUCUUGGUAUUUGCAUGCUCCGACUCUAGGGUAUGCCCUUCUCAUAUCCUUAAUUUUCAACCAGGGGAGGCUUUUACUGUUCGAAAUAUCGCCAACAUGGUUCCACCUUAUGACCAGAAGAAAUAUUCUGGAGGGGGUGCUGCCAUUGAAUAUGCAGUGUUGCAUCUUAAGGUGGAGAAUAUUGUAGUUAUUGGACACAGCUGCUGUGGAGGGAUAAGAGGACUCAUGUCUAUCCCUGAUGAUGGUACCACUCAAAGUGAUUUUAUUGAAGAAUGGGUGAAUAUUUGCAAGCAUGCUAAGGCAAAGGUGAAAGCAGAAUGUAACCAUUUGGAUUUUACAGAACAAUGCAAAAUGUUGGAAAAGGAGGCAGUUAAUGUAUCACUAGGGAACUUGUUAACCUAUCCAUUCGUGAGGGAGGCAGUGGGGAAGAAAACCCUUUCCUUAAAGGGUGGACACUAUGAUUUUCUGAAGGGCUCUUUUGAGCUAUGGAAUCUUGAUUUUAGCCUCUCACCUUCUCUAUCGGCCUAA